AAAAUCUCGCGAUAGCUACACAUCAGUAGCGGAUGUGUGGCCCCCUGUCUUGGUCCGGACGGAGUAGUUGAUGACGUUUGAAUGAAAAAUUGUGUAAUUUCCUCCACUUUGGACCACAGAAAUAAUGGCUUCAGCAUUGGAGCAAUUUGUGAACAAUGUGCGGCAGCUCUCCGCUCAAGGUAGGAAAGUUUGUCUCAGGGUAGAGGGAGGAAUUAGCGGGUUAGCUCUCAUUAGCUCAUCAGUUCUGCCGAUGGGCCGAACUAAACCCUCUUUCUGCUUUAUCAUGUAAACACACCCGAAAAAACACCACUCUCUGCCGUCAGAACUCUUGAAAUUACCAGUGGGAUAUGUGGCAGUGUACAGUGACGCUGAGGGUUACUGCGAACCAGCUAACCCAUUGAAAAUUGAAGAAAAACACACUUUCUGUUGUUUGAAAGUAGAAAAAUAAUUCCUGAGGAAUGACUGCCGGAGGUCCCGCCUUAGCCUAUGGUGAUUGGCAAAUGUACUGAAUGACUAAAUAUGAUUGGUUUGAGUCAUCCGUCAGUAUGGGUGCGUUUCCUCUGUCGCAAGGCCUCGACAGACGAUAUGACCGGUACCUAUUCCUGAUCAAAAAAGUCCGCUUACCUGGUAUAACCUGAUCUCACCUGACCCUGACCCAGAACUCCUAAUGAGGAAUACCAUAACACAUGAAUGCAGGGUCACACCUGUUAUCAACGGGAAAUGAACCCGAUCGUAAAAUACUUUAAUAUACAGACAGGUAUGACAUCAACAUGUUUUCAUAAUAAUAAUAAUAAUGAUAAUGAUGAUGAUGAUGAUGAUGAUGAUAAUAAUAAUAAUAGGUACUUUUCAGUGCUCAUUGCAAUCUAGUGUGCAUGGCUACUUUAGUCAGAACUAUGUUUCAGAUGGGUUAUGAAUUAGUUUGAUACACCAUGGGAUGAAUAAGGGUUUAUCUUAUCUUGCACAUUAAAUCAAUUUAUGCUGCAGGUUUAAAAUUGACUUAAAUGUCAGAACCAGUAUCAAAUCCCAUCAUUCUGUACAUCACAAAAGAAUGCAAAUCAAAUCCAUGUCGUUUUCAGUUUGGACUUUAUCUCCUGUCAUUAAGGAUGGGGAGAGAAAUUCACAAAGAGGACAUACACAUAGCAUCCUCACUGACAAAGCUGCCUGCAGUGUCUGCAGACAUUAUGUAUUUUUUAAAAUUUGUCUAUUUUUUUUUUUUGCCAAGUGAGCCCAGAUAUUGACCAGUAUAGAUUAUUUCUAAAUACCAUGAAUGGCUUGAUUAAUUGCUUUAAAUAGCUUAUUGUUCAUUAACUUCUCUGUGCAACAGGUCAAAUGACUCAGCUUUGUGAGUUGAUCAACAAGAGUGGAGAGCUGCUUGCCAAAAAUCUCUCCCACCUGGACACUGUGCUGGGGGCGUUGGACAUCCAGGAGCACUCCCUGGGUGUAUUGGCUGUGCUGUAAGUUCCUUUUUCUGCCCUUUUUUGACCACUGUUUGUUGCUGUUACUUUUGUAUCUAGCAUAGUCCAAGAACUUGUACUUGUCGGAGAGUCUCUUAACUUUAGAGGCUUGGGGCUCUGAAGGGUUCAUGGUGCUUGUUUUGCUGCAUAUUUCAAAGCUGAAACUUGAUGACAAAUGUGCAAUGCUGUAAAAACAUCAGGCAGCUUUAUCUGUUACAAUGGCACAAAAAUAGGGUUUUUCAUAACAGUGAAUACAUUAGUGUGGCAUUAAACACUGUUGCAAAAAAGUAACAAUUUCUCAUAGUUUAUAAAUUAAUGAAACCCACCCCGCAUUGAACAUUAAAAUGUUUUGGAAAUUGUUGUUUUAACAGGUAUGUAGUUUUGCAUUCUGUAUGAAACUCAAAUGUGCAGAAUUAAGUGGGGUUUUGUUAAACAAUGCAAAUCGUUCACUUGCAUUACAAAGCUUAAGUCUUCUGUUUUACUGUCUGAUAGAAAAGCCUGCACUUACAUUUCAAAUUGAUCCAAAAACUGUGCCUCCUUACUUUGUAGUUAGAUUUUUCACCAAGUUUCCCAACCAGGUUUAAUUUUUCCUGUUUGCUGUUCUCUAUUUUCCAGAUUUGUGAAGUUCUCCAUGCCAAACAUCCCUGACUUUGAGACACUCUUCUCUCAAGUCCAGCUCUUUAUUAGCACUUGCAACGGGGAACACAUUAGAUAUGCAACAGACACUUGUAAGUGGAGAGCCUCUGUAUCAGUUACUCCUAAAUGACUAGAAGGCAUGCUUGUAAGGUACUUGUUGUGGCACAGCCUUUUAGAUAAAAAUUUACCAGAUUUCCUCAGUUAUCCAAAGGGGUAGGUAACACAACCCAAAUCAAAAUAAAAAGUUAUUGUUAUCAGGGGCAGGGAUGGGUAUUUUAUAAUUUACCUGAGCAGAACAAUUCAGAAGCAGUAAUGUGACUGGCUGUAUAAUAUUAAUUUUUUUUAAAUGACCAUAAAUCUUUAAAGCAGAGGGUGAUGAAAACAUGAUGAUUACUCUCUAUGUCUGCCAGCUCAACCCCUUUUUCAGUAGAUGCAGCCACUCUCAUGUUCCAGUCUGCUCAGCUGUCGUCCGAUAUAUUUUAAUCUACUAUCAUGAAAUCAUCAUGGUAUGCUGGAAUUUUAUCAUUUGAAAAUAAGCCGGGUGCAUACUUUAAUAUUCUGUGCCUGUGUAGAAAUGUUUAUAAUCAUUCUUUUUAACAACUUUGAUGUCAAAGUCAUUGAACACUUAAAAACAGCAGAACAUGGGUGAUGUAGUCCUAUUUGCUGUUUUCAGACAUGCACUUCAGAAAAUGUUUGGCUAAUUUCAUGGGCUCUGACCCGGUAAUUGACCUAGUUGUACUGUUCACCUAUACACCCUCACAGUGUGAAGGAGGUGCAUGGCGGAGUUCCAGGAGGCUAAUUCUGAAUAAGCAUACAGUGCUGUAGUCAUGAUGUAAUGUUUCUCACAUGGAGAUCAACAGGGACGCUUGGACAAAUUUCCUUCUAUCAACAUGAUGAGUAGCUGAAUGUAUCCACAGUGUAAACAGAUAAGUGAAAUGAACAUACUGGAGAAGAGGUGUGAAUAAAAGUCCACCUCACUACCUUUGACAUCAUUUUUAUCCUGUUACAUGCCCCUCUGUCAGUGUUAUAGUAGCUGUAGUACUUAUUAUACCUACUUCAUAUAGCAGUGUGUAGGUUCACUUCUCUGUAAAUCUUCAGAGUGGAUUGUGUAAUAGAGGCUUAAACGCACUCUUUCAUCAGUGUAGAGAGUUAUGGUGUGAUAUCAAGUGAUUCUGCACUGAGAGUGUUAUUUGAUAUGGGAUAGUGGAACUCUGAAAUACACCUUUCCCAAAAUCUUAGAAGUUUCAUAUUAAGGAACAAAAACACUGCCUUAACCUUAGGGCAAAGGUUUCCUGUUUACCACCGGAAUACAUAAAUAAACUGUGCAAACUGACCACCUUUUAUAGUGAUAGUGAUGAGAAACAUCAACACCCCACUACUCUCAGAGGUUUACUCAGAAGAUUUGUUGCUGGGUUCUCACAUAAACUAACCCAGACUUUAUCCUGACAUUACAUUUUCAGGAACUUUGUGCAUGUCUGAACAAAGCUUAAGAGAGCAUCUACUCUCAGUUGUUAUUAGCUUUGUCAAAGUUUGUCUACAUUUGUUCUAUUUUGGUGAAAUAGCUGUCACCAACUGUAGUCAGACAUAACAUCCCUUUCUAGUGUUGUCUGAAUGGCUUUGAAUUUUGUAAAUGUCCAACAUUAGAGGUUCAAAAACUUAUCUGUUAAUGUCUCUGAAUGUCUCAAUAUUUUGCUUUAUCAUGGGAAUGACUUUUAUGACAUUAUAGGUUCUGAAAAUAUAAGUCAGAGAGUUGACACACUUCUCAGUUAAAGUUUGAGGAAACACAACAUUUACAGUUGUAGUUGUUUUUCUGUGGAUUUAUCCUACACACUUGUUGUUGAACAAAAUGAGACGAUCAUCAGUGAGCAUUUAAACACUCACCCUUUUCUUGUUUCCCUCUGCAGUUGCUGGUCUCUGUCACCAGCUGACAAAUGCCCUGGUAGAGCGUAAACAGGUAAAACUACUGAUGGAGACUGUUUAGGGGUGAAAUGCCUGAAGUCAGACGUUUAUUUCUAAAUUCUUUGCUUGAACUGUUAAUCAGUUUUCCAAUAUAUUUUUACAUAAUCUUUUUUUAAAUACUUAAAUUAGAUGAAGGUUCAAAUGAGUCACUUGCUGCGGGUGAUUCAUCAUCUAGGAUUAGCCUGUUAUUCUUGUCUGUUUUGAUCAGGAUAUUUUGAUGUGUGAGGAGCGUAGGCAUGUACUGUUUUUAAUGCUGUCUCUGAAGCUGCAGCUGAGUGCUCAAAAUCUUCUUUCUUGUGUCACAGCCGUUGAGAGGUGUCGUUGUCCUAAAACAGGCAAUAGACAAAAUGCAGAUGAACACAAACCAACUUACCUCAGUUCAUGCAGACCUGUGUCAGGUGAGUAACUUGCCCUGCUUUUCAUGUCCCAGUUGUCAUUUAACUGAAAAUUUCCAUUCAAUGUAACUUUUUUAGCUUCAAACUUUUAUACUUCCUUAAAACUUCCCUAAGAUUUUCCUAAAUUAUUUCUGACUUUUUCCUCCUUAAUACCACCUGUCAACGCUGUUUCAAGGUUUGUGACGAAAGCAAAACUCAGGCUGCGGCUGUCUGGUGUAACCUUCUUAGUCUUUUUUUUAUGACGUACCCUUUUUCUCUUUUAGCUUUGCUUGUUGGCAAAGUGCUUUAAGCCCGCCCUGCCAUUCUUGGAGUUGGACAUGAUGGAUAUCUGCAAAGAGAAUGGAGCCUAUGACGCAAAGCACUUUUUAUGUUACUACUACUACGGAGGGAUGAUCUACACAGGACUCAAAAACUUUGAAAGAGCACUGUAUUUUUAUGAACAGGUACUUAACACAUCUGAAAGAGCUGCAAAUGUGUUUGACCACAAGUGACAGUUUUUGGACUUGUUCUCAUGUCCUCAUCUUGUAAUUUCUCUCUUCUCAGGCAAUAACCACUCCAGCUAUGGCUGUUAGCCACAUCAUGUUGGAAGCCUACAAGAAAUACAUCUUGGUGUCACUUAUUCUCCACGGCAAAGUGCAGCCACUGCCCAAAUACACCUCACAAAUAGUUGGGAGGUUCAUCAAGGUAUGGACAAAAGCUGUGUGUGGAUGAAUGGGUUGUAGUGGAGUCUGGAAGUAUGCAUAGGUUCACAGACACUGACUUUCAAGUAACAGGUUUGGGGCAAUGUCCAGUCUAAUCCUGUAGAACAGUCGACCAAUUUUCUACUGAUGCAAAACAAGAGAAAAUUAUAAAGUCAUCCUUAUUUCAUAUCAUGGUUUCCCAAAAUUAGUGGCAUUGUCAUCUGAAUGGCCGCACUUAUGUUAGGGAUCAUAUCAAACAGUGGCUGUAGUUUAUUGACUGUAAUAUUCAGACUACACGCAGUAAACACCUGCAAAUCAUAUCACAGAGCAGCUGCAGCACAGGGUGUCAGCAGGGCCUCAAAAGUAUCAAAAGUCAUCAGAAGUAUCUGGAAAAGUUAAAGCCAUGAAAAAAAGUCUUUGUAACUUUUGUAAGGCAUUACAUUUUGUUAUGAAUCCAGUUUGUUGGAAAUUAGUCAAGAGUUUUAAUUGAAGUUUGGGUAACACUUUAUUUGACGCCUAUCUCUAUAACACAUCAUAAAUAUAUGUAUAAUGCAUUAUAAUCACUUUAUAGCACUGUACAACUACAGUUAUAAACACUCAUAAAUGAUCAUAAUGCUUUAUAGCAAUAAUCACAACACAUUAUAAAACAUUUUAUCAUGACUUACACAGUCAGGUAUUAUAAUGUGUUAUAACUGUUAACAACUCACUGACAGUGCCCACAUAGAUAAUGCAAUGCAACUGAGAAGGGAGAAGGCAUUUCUUGUUUGGUCUUUUGUUUGAUGCAAAAAUAAGACAUAACAUUUUGAAUCUGUUUUAAUCAGUGCAACUAGUAAUUCUUAGAAUGACAAGCUUGAAGUUAUGAAUAUUUAGUAGCUUUAUUAUUAAUGUGCUAGUUUUUGUUGUGAAGUGGUUUAUUGUAUAAUAUGACAUUGAGGUUGCAUAUUCCGAACUAGACAAAAACCUUGUUUCCACCUAUAGAGAUCCUUGCAUGUGUUUUAAACAUCCCUCUUAACAGAAGUGUCUGCUAAAGGAAAAUUGUAGAAUUGUUUCAAAAAGUAUCAGUAGGAAUUACAUUUCUAUUAAAAGUCAUAGUUACAUCUGGAUCAUUAUUCUGCUAUAUAGAGAUACAUCUGCUUGUGUCAGCCAUUUUUUUACUCAAAUAUUCUGUGUAUUUGUUCUUUGUAUGCAAGGAUUUAUAAUUUAGGUGAAUAGUUUUUAAUUUUCCUUUCGCAUUUUUGUUUCUUUUUUUCUUUUUUUGCUGCUUUAGCCCCUGAGUAACCCAUACCAUGAGUUAGCUCAGGUUUACGCUACCAACAACCCAACUGAGCUGCGAAACCUGGUCAACAAACACAGCGAGACCUUCACACGAGAGAAUAACACGGGCCUUGUCAAACAAUGCCUCUCCUCCCUCUACAAGAAAAACAUCCAGAGGCUAACAAAGGUGGGGCUGUUGGGCUGUUUUUCAUUUCAUGUUCUGGAUUUGAAAGCUGGAUGCUGAGUUUGAAUCCAAAGUAUAAGAUUCUAAAUUAAUUGUUACGAUCUUACAUAUUUGAGUCUGCGCAUUAUUUGUCACAGAAAUAUGUCUUGUGCUGGAGUUUAGCUAUUGACUUGCAUUGGUGGUCUCUCUGUAUCUUCAUGCAUGAGUGUGGUUCAGUGGUGGGAUCUAACAUUACACUCAGCUGUUAACUGGGUCCUCUUCGAUACUCUUUGUCUGGUAAAAAUCACAUUUAUUGAGCAGUGAAGUGAAUUGGGUUAUGCUACAGGUUUCAUCCCAUGGCAGGUAUUUAUGUCAGAAACAGCACAACAUUGUAGUUAUACUUCAUAACUAAAUUUACACCAAACACUAGCCAGUGACUAUUUUUAAACUGAUUUGCUGUUGUUGGGAUUCCAAAGAAUAUGCUUUCAAAGAUCUUUGUGAGACCAGCCUUGUGAGGGCUUAUGCUGAAGUGAUACUGAUAAAUCAGAUGAAUUAAUCAGUCUUAUCUGUGGAUUGCUGCUCAUCAGCCAACUGGCUGGAGGGUAUUGGCCUUAAAGAAUAGACAGGCAGGGCUAAUCCCCCUAAACAGGGUGGACAACCAAAUGCUGACAAUGCUGUUUCUGCUUCUGUUUUUGUCACCAAACAAUCAGGUGUUAUGGACUUGCUUAUGGUUAGUAAGAUUAGCAUGAGAGACAUGAAUAGGUUUAGGCUUGGUUUUAGCCAUCACAUAGUCAGGCAGUGGAAGUCUGUGUUAGCUAGCUCUCAUCAAUGUUGCAGCUGAGCCGUCACCUGGGUCUUGAAUAAUAGAAUAAUCAGAGUGUGUGUUGGGUGCUUUGACAAUUAGCAUUAUUAUCUUACAGUAGGAGUCUAUUUUGAUUCAACAUCAGACCCAUAGCUUUCAAAAUUGGUCCCUCGAUGAUUAAACAGCCCUUUGGUGGUUCAAAUUAAAGGGUCAUCUAAAGUAAAUUCAUUCUUAAAAGGUGAUGGGCCUGUGUUGUUUCCUGUGCUAAAGGGUACAUUAGAAACAACAUAAACAAUACAAAUAAACAUACAGUACUCUGCCAUUAUUGAAGAUGGUGAAGUCAGCCCAAAAACAACUGUUAAACUUUUUGCCCUGGGUAGAGCACAUUAUGACCUCCUGUCACACAAACACAAUUUAUAUAAUGCCUCUAAAUCCAAGUUACUGUUUUCCUUUACUUCUGCAGACAUUUCUGACACUGUCCCUGCAAGACAUGGCCAGUCGAGUGCAACUUUCAGGCCCCCAGGAAGCUGAGAAAUAUGUCUUGCACAUGGUGAGUAGUAUCAUAAUCAGGACCCGUAUGCCAUACACACGCCCAGUUUUUAAAUCAAUCAGUCUUCAUUACAGAGCCCCACUUAACAUCAAAUGUUAUCUCCAGAUGCCUUACAAAAAGACCAAACUCCUCUAUUAUAUUCAGAAAGACCAACAUAAGGAUAUGGUAAUAUUAAUCCCUUAAUAAAGUAUUCUGGUUGGAUUUUGUCUAUACUACUUCUAUACUACUGCAGAGAAUAUCCACCAUGAUGAGGAGUCUUACCGUUGAGAUGUACUGAUACUGCAUAUUUAAACCAGGCAAAAGGCCUGGUUAGGGAGCUGGAAUCAGUCCUCUUAGUUAAUGAGACUUCUGACUGAAGUCAUCUCUCCAGUUAAGAGACAACUGCUUUUAGUAUGGAAAGUGUGGGUAGCACACGGUGUGAGGGAAUAUGUGGACUUGAUCUGUGACUACAGCUCAUUAAAAAAGAUACUGAAACUGAGGAUACAACAUCUGUAACAGUCCUGGAGGUGUAUUUGGGAUGGCCCUAUUCCCCUCUGCUUGGUUUUGCCUGGGUUUUUUUUUGUCUGUGCUGGUGUGUGUGGGUGUGUGUUUCCGGUUGGAAAAAAUUAAAAAUAAAAUAAUUCAUGUAAUAGCCGGUAAUAUUAUUAUGUCUUCUGAUCAUGCUCCUCUGUGUGCUCCUGUGCAGAUUGAAGAUGGUGAGAUCUAUGCUAGUAUUAACCAAAAGGACGGCAUGGUUUGCUUUCACGACAACCCAGAAAAAUACAACAACCCGGCAAUGCUUCACAAAAUUGACCAAGAGGUGAGCAUUUCAAACGUUCGUUUUUCUAAAGCUUCAUUCCUUUUCUUUAGCCUCCUUCCACCACAUCUCACCUAUCCUACAACAGCUCCACUGGCUCCCCGGAUCACAUACCGGAUCAACUAUAAAAAACUACUCCUCGUCUUCAAAUCCAUACACAACCUCGCCCCUCCUUAUCUCUCAGACCUUCUCCAUACUGCCACACCGGUCUGCACCCUCAGAUCCUCCUCCCCCCUCCAUCUCACUGUCCCCCCACUUAGCUCUGGAACUCUCUCCCACCUUACCUCCAUAAUACUGACUCACUCCAACAUUUUAAAUCCAUACUCUGUCUGACCACAACUCUACUGCCCAUUCUUUAAAAACUUUUAAACUAUGUUUUAUCAUUGUUUAUUUCAGUUCUGUUUGUUUUAAUUAUGUAAUUAUAAUAGUUUUUGUUGAUAUAUGUCAAGAAAGGUGGCUAUAAAUAAAAUGCAUUAUCAUUAUUAUUAUUAUCAUCAUUAUAGUUAUUGUUAUCAUUGUUCUUUUUAUUAGUUUAAUUAGUAUUGGGGUUAUUAUAUCGAAAUAUAAAAAUCUCUAUCAAUUUUGUUUUCUAUUUCCUUUUUAAUCUGUGUCAUUCUCCUUUAGAUGCUGAAGUGUAUAGAGCUGGAUGAGAAACUUAAGUCUAUGGAUCAAGAAAUCACAGUAAACCCCCAAUUUGUGCAAAAGGUAAGAUCAUUUAAAUAACUUCGGUGGGGUCUCUGUUAAAUGUGGGCUUGGGGGGUGGGUGUGUGGGUGGGGUUUUGCAAUUUGUAUUUUAUUUGGUAUCCCCUGAUCUUCUCCUUCUUGUGUUCUUUAAUGUACAGCACUUUGUGAUACAGUCCAUGUAUGAAAAGUGCUUUAUAAAUAAAUUGAUUGAUUGAAUAAAUUGAUUGAUUGAUUGAUUGAUUGAUUGAUCAUCUCAUAUUAGGGUUUUUGUAUUGAAGGUCUUUCACAAAAAGUGCUUAGACAUUUUAGUUCUCAAGACAGUCUAGCUGCAGACCUCUGCUGAGAGGAUCCACUCAGUGGAGAUGGGUCCUCUCAGUGGAGGUCUGCAGCCGGACCCCUCUUAAAGUCUUGGGUUGUGUAUGCACAUCAGACCAAUGACAUCCAGGGAUGGUAUUCAGAAAUGAAGUAACAGCGCUUCAUUUGAACUGGGCUUUAUUUUGAACUUUUGUACUAAAAGCUUGGCAGCAGCUAAACUGUAUUAAGUUUUGAAUAACAUCAGGUUAUAGGAAAUAUUAUCUCUAUCCUAUUGCUUCAACCAGUUUAUCCUUCCUUCUGCUCAGCUGGUAUCUGUGUGUUAAUUGAACAUCAAUUUAUAAUGUAAACAAGAUUGUUACCAAAUAAUACUAACCCACUAAAACUUUCCAACGCCCAAGGGCAUCUUGACAUGGAAAAAUUAUGUCAUAAUUCAUGAAUACACCGAGUUUUACUGAUCAAGUAACAUUACCUUAUGUAGGAUAUAAUCCACCAUCUCUAUACCCCCCCCCCCCCCCCCAUGGUGUUACAAUGUUGCAGGACUACAAGAGGCACAGCUCAUCAACACACAAUGGAAGCUCUGCAUACAUACACACACACAUGCACAUACACACAGUGCUAUCCUGCACUACAGACUCUAAUGCUGUACAACGCCUCCUCCCUCCCCCAUUCUGCUUCUGUUAUUACUUUUGAUGGAGUAUUGGAGGUGAAACAACCUCAACCAAGCAUUAUGCCCUUGGUCAUUAUGCAUCACAGCUGAGCCAAAAUGAGGUUCUUAAUAUCCCGCUGUAAAUUGGACGUAAGUUAGUGCCUUAUGUGUCUGUGUGCACAUGUAAGUUAAGAACCAGUUUCUUUUUAAUGUAAAUGAGAUUGUUUACAGACCCCGAUGCUUCCUGAUGCCCCAGUUAACAUUACAGUCUCCCAAAAAAGACAAUUUUCACUUUUUUUUCUUUAAUAAGCCACAACAAACUGCAAGGGGGGGUAAUUCCAGCUGCAGUAACCCUGCCUCCAGCCCCUCACACUUGUGGUUUUGUCAGUCCAGUAAGGAGCUGGUGCUACCCCGGAGCCGGUCCUUUGUCAGUCGAAACCAUAGACUGUAUAUAGAAUGGACAACUUGGCUCCGCCUUCCGCCAGUAUACGGAUUUGAAGCCAAAAACCUCUCAGUAAUUCUGCGUUUGUUCUCCAUUUCCUGAAACCAAAAUUGCGCAGUAGCGUUGUACGCAUUCGGCGGGAGAGUCACUGUGAUGACGCUCAGCUCAAACAGCGUAUCCCCUGGGUGAGCUACGCAAUCCUUGUGCGCCCAUAGGCUGUAUCAGGUGUCAAUCAUAGAAAACAUGAACCCCCUAGUAACUUUUAAAAACAGAGCUGUCCGGAAAAAGAGGACUUGAGCACAAACCAGUCUGUCCAUUCUAUAUACUGUGUCUAUGGUCGAAACACAAACUAACACUGGAACUGAUUUGGGAGAAAAGCGGGAACUGUUGCACUGCUUCUGUGUAUUUAGGUUUAAAUGAGCCAUUGUGCAUCCAUGUCUGGAAAAGGUCCUUUCUGGGUCCUAUAAUAAAAUUACAAAGCAUUUAGCCUUGUUUCAUGGACUUGCAGGAUGAAGUCUUAACUGAUUGUGUGGAAGAUAACUAACGACUGUUUCCUAUUUCCCUACAGAGUAUGGGAUCGCAGGAGGAUGAUGUUGGUAGCAAAACAUCAAGUUAUUCCUGAGGGGCCGUGGACAGGGAAAGAAUGGUGCAGCCACAGACAGCCAUCCAAUACAUUCUUCCCAUGAGUAGGAUUUUUUUAAAGAAGAGGAAAAACAUUAUACUGCAAAAGGACUUUGGUCAAGGAAAUCUAAUAGUCUGGAAUCAUCACACUUUUGUUUAUUAUUGACAAAAGAUCUGAGCAGAAAAGGAAAAAAAAAGAAGUUUAAAUUUUGUCAGUGUUUUAUUUAUCAAUGUUCAGGUUGGAGCGCCACUGCUACAUUCACAAAAAAAUAAAUAAAAACUGUACUUAUUUGUUCCAAUCAUUUGUGUGAAUAAGUUCAGUGUUUGUUUUGGAUCCGCUGCAUGAUUGGCAAUAAAAUGUGGGCAUUACUCAAGAAAAGACAAAAGACACAACUCUGGUAUUUUCUACAUAUGUAAAGCCUGCAGAUAUAGUUUCCCUCUCUCUUCUUCUGGUUUCAGUGUAAAAAUCAGGUUUAGAAAAACCUGAACUGAUCUGGAUGCCUCCUUGAUCGAUCUCGGCACAUUGGAGGAGUCGCUCAAAGCUGGUGCACUGUUUAAUUUUUGAUUUUUUCUUUUUAUCUUUAGGUUUUUGUUUGUUUUUGUGUUAUAGGAAAGGUCUAACAAAUGCCUCUGGAGCAUUGUAUUAAACAUUUGGUGGCAACAGAUAGAGCCAUCAACUGUCAUGUCAAAUGGGAGCUUAAGCUUUUCAACUUUGAAUCUGUUUGUUGAUAAUAAAUUGUUUACCAAUAUA